AUAUAAACUUCCUCACCGGCUCCCGUGAACAUUUGAGGUCAAGUCAACAACAUCGCGUAUCACCAGAAACACCCCUUUACACCAGCGUUUGCAAGGCAAAGACUGAACACGCUGAAUCAGCCCGAGAGAAAGAUUUAGACAAGCGCAUUAAUAAAUCCAACAUGAACGGUCAAAUUAACGGUUUUCAUAACUCCCUGAUCGACGAAGACUGCUUUUUGUUCACAUCGGAGUCUGUCGGCGAAGGACACCCCGAUAAGAUUUGUGACCAGAUCAGUGAUGCCGUGUUGGACGCCCACCUCAAACAGGAUCCUGACGCCAAAGUAGCAUGUGAGACUGUUGCCAAGACUGGAAUGAUCUUAUUGGCUGGUGAGAUCACCUCCCAUGCUUCAGUUGACUAUCAGAAGGUUGUCAGGGAUACCAUCAAGCACAUUGGCUACGAUGACUCUUCCAAAGGGUUUGACUACAAGACCUGCAAUGUGCUUGUGGCUCUGGAGCAGCAGUCACCUGAUAUUGCCCAGGGGGUUCACCUUGACCGCAAUGAGGAAGAUGUUGGAGCCGGAGACCAGGGCCUGAUGUUUGGUUAUGCCACUGAUGAGACUGAAGAGUGCAUGCCGCUCACCAUCGUCCUGGCCCACAAGCUGAAUGCCAAAAUGGCUGAGCUCCGCCGCAAUGGCACCCUGCCUUGGCUGCGACCUGACUCAAAGACCCAGGUGACAGUCCAGUACAGGCAGGACCGUGGAGCCAUGCUCCCCGUCCGCGUGCACACCAUCGUUGUGUCCGUUCAGCACGAUGAUGUGGUUUGUCUGGAUGAGAUGCGUGAUGCCCUGAAGGAAAAGGUGGUGAAAGCUGUGGUGCCAAGCGUCUACCUGGAUGACGAUACCAUCUAUCACCUGCAGCCCAGUGGACGCUUUGUCAUCGGAGGCCCACAGGGAGAUGCAGGGUUGACCGGCCGUAAGAUCAUUGUGGACACCUAUGGUGGUUGGGGUGCGCAUGGAGGCGGGGCGUUCUCUGGGAAGGAUUACACCAAAGUCGAUCGCUCUGCUGCUUAUGCUGCCCGUUGGGUGGCCAAGUCUCUGGUCAAGGCUGGACUGUGCAAACGCGUGCUGGUCCAGGUGUCCUAUGCCAUCGGAGUGGCCCACCCCUUGUCCAUCUCUAUCUUUCACUACGGGACCUCCCAGAGGAGCGAGAAGGAGCUGCUGGAAAUCGUGAAAAAGAACUUUGACCUCCGCCCUGGUGUCAUCGUCAGAGAACUGGACCUGAAGAAGCCCAUCUAUCAGCGCACCGCAGCCUAUGGCCACUUUGGCCGUGAGUCCUUCCCCUGGGAAGUUCCCAAAAAGCUUAAAUACUAAAUCUGUAACCCCCCUUCCUUUUCCUGGGCAGCAGGUGUGCAUUACAGAGAAACCUGCUUAAACCCACGGAAGGGGGGAGAUGUACCACAAUCCCUCGAUCUUAACCUCGCACCCAUUCCCAAAGGUAAAUGUCCUCUCCUUUCCUUUUCGGGAAUUCUCCCUGUACGACCCUGUUUCUUUUGCUGUAUUGUUUAAGAAAGAUCUGUGGAUGGUGGCUCACAUGGAUUUUGUUUGCAUUUUUUUCUUUUUCUUUUGUUAUAUAUGCCCCUCUUCCCGCCCACCUUUCUUCGGCCCUUCCUUCCUUACCUAACUUGCUUGGAAAUCAAGUGAUGGCACAAACAAGGGUCAAAGGUUGUUCUGUGAUGCUAUGCAUUACUGGCUGUAGCACUAACUAUAACCCCGCAACGUUGCGUUUUACCGACGAAACCAACCGACGCUUACCAUUUUCCAGGUUGACCACUUCAACAAUGUCCAAACCACAGCGAAUGGGAUCAACACAUCUUGUGAAAUGUACGCUGAAUGUCAGAUUUUGUUUUCGGUUUGCAUUUACACACACAGUCAUAGGUGCACGCUGCAGGGAUUGGAUUGAGAAAUUUUAAGAGACUUUUACAUUUAAAAUGUUUACUGUCACGACGGUCGCGUCCUGGUCUCGGCAGGCCACGUUUGUUUUUCUGACGUGUUACAGAGAAGUCAGAAGCUGCUAACAAUCAUCGUGGUUCCGCGGGACUUGCGACGUAACCGUUCCCCGCCCCUUAAACUACUUUGUUCAAUGGCGAUUCCACAUGAAACCUCUUGGUAGCUGUUAUGUGAUGUUCUACUAGACCAUGGUGGAGGCAAAGCACUCCCCCCAUGUGCACGGCGACAGCGGGCGUAGAUACAGAGAAGCCCUGCUCCCUCACGUGCACAGAGGGGCUGCCUCCACCUCCAGCUCCAUACUUGAAAAACUAAACCUAGUGUUUGCUCGGCAAUUGUCUUGAGCCCUGGUGUCGGUACAGAAAAGCUGGGACCCUCAAGGUGACUGCCUUUAUGUUCUGUACAUGAAAGGAACUGUUUUUAAGGAAAACACAUUUUUUUUCAUUCGUUUGUCCCAUGUGCCGCCCGUGUGGCAUCCCUUGGCGUCCUACAGAAAGCUUUGGGCUCUUGCCACAGGGCAGCUCUGGUAGCUGUGACCAUUGUUACUUUUUUACGAGAGCAAAGGCAGGUAGACGAGACUGACCAUACGAGCUUACGCACACGUUUUGCGUUGAUGACCCCCAACGCUCCCGCAGAAAGAAGCGAGUCUGGCUGGUGUUGUACAGAGAAACCGGCUUCGUUUACAUGCUCUCUCUGUUGGGGCGCUUUGGGCCGCAGUCUCUUUUUAUAUCUCAUCUGUUUUUAUUUCCUAUGGGUUUUUUUAUCAUCAAGAGAUUGGUGCAUCAGACUGGUUACUGAAAGAGAAGUGCCUUUUUUCUAUUUAAUUUUUUCCUCAGUCACUCCUCUCUCUGUUCUUGCCUUCCCCCUUUUGGUUCACUUGCUCCCUCUGAGUUUCCUGUCGUGAUGCGUGUGAAUCCACAGCAAACUGCUGAAUUCCCUUCCUUUCAAUGACCCAUGAUGCUUCUGUCCCUUAUAACAGUAAACUGAAUAAAAUUCUGCCCCUAAGACUG